AUGGAUUACGAAAUGGACCAGGAAAGCCUCGAUCUCAUCAUCGAGCUUCAGUUGCAAGAUGCCCAGAGCAUGAUCAAGGGCAAGUAUCGCGAGGGCGAGGCUCCGGACUUUGAGUUCGCGCUCGAAUGCUUCAACGCAGAGCUCCGGUCGCUUCACACCUUGCUUCACGACCAAGCAAUGACUCGUAGCGUGGCCCGCGCCGUCGUCAGUGAUGCCGACAUCAUCAGGGAGCUUGUCAACCAAGAGGACCAGGCCAGACGCGACAGGGAGCUCGUGCUCAAUGGUUUCGGUUCGGACAACUUCAAUGGCGGUGGAUUCCCUCAAGAUGAUUUCCCUCAACAUGGGGAGUCGUCGGGGACCAUGUCCGAUGAGAUGACCAGCAAGCUCAUCGUCUUGUUCAAUGGCGGCCACGAGUCCCCUCCCAUUGCCGAGUCAUCAAGAAAGGGAAGACAGGAGCAAGCAGUAGCCAAGGCCAGCAAACGGCGUCGCUGCCUUGUCUGCACCGACGAGUUCCCCUUCGUGGAGACGCUGCGAUGCCCUUGCUCUCACGACUACUGCCGAGGAUGCCUGUCAAACUACGUCAAAAAGGCAAUCGACGACGAGUCCAUUUUCCCGCCUCAGUGUUGCGGCAAGCCCAUCCCUCUCACCGGCGUCAACCAGAUUUUCCUAUCGCCAGACAUCCUCGGCAAGUAUCGCGCCAAGGAGCUCGAGUACAAUUCGGAGAAGAGGGAGUAUUGCUACUACCCGACUUGCUCGACGUUUAUUCCCAAGCAAUUCAUCAAAGACGAAGUCGGCACAUGUGUUAAAUGCGGGAGAAAGACGUGCGUCAUCUGCAAAGGCGCGUCGCAUACGGGAGAUUGUCCCAAAGAUACGGCAACGGCUGAUUUGCUUCGCGUGGCGGGAGAUAAAGGCUGGAAACGAUGCUUCAAGUGCCGCCGCGUUGUGGAACUUGCGCUCGGGGCUGAAUUCUGCUACACCUGCGGGAAGCCUUGGAAGACUUGUGGGUGUGAGCUGUGGAGUGAAGAGAUGCUGGUCAGUCGAAACGGUGGGAUGAAUCGAGCUGCCGCUGCACCUGCUCAGCGUGCGGCUCCAGGAUGGGGUCUUUGA